AUGAAUACGUGGAAGGGAAGAGUAUCGAAAAACUCGCUAGUAGCAGUUCACGACCAUCUCUACCCGGAUAAAACCAGUACCUGCCCAUUUUUCUGUGGUCCUAACACUACCACCUAAAUUUCAGUCAACGCGGAGACGUUCUCGAAGAAGACGUUGCGCGCGAGUUUCGUCAAAGACCCGAUCGAGCAGAUCCGCGAGGACUUUCAGCCGCUGAUGUCCUACUGCGCCCGUGACAACAUUCUGUGCGCCGAGAUCUAUGUCAAGUUGUGGCCCGAAUAUCUCCAACGUUUUCCGCAUCCGGCCACUCUCGCCGGCAUGCUCAACAUGGGAAAUGUGUACUUGCCGAUCAACACGUACUGGAAGAUGUUCUACGAUGAAAAUGUACGAAUGUGCGAGAAGAAAAAGACAGCGUCGACGAGGAAGAUUGUCGAGGCGGCCAGGAUUCUGGCGAACGGAGACGGACAGGGGGAGAUGUGAGUGGAUAGGUGGACACUUUGCAACUGAAAGUAUUCUCUACAAAAUGGCUUCAUGCUCAUGUAUUGUGAAUAGCGCUCAUUAGAAACGGUACAUCCUUCAAACCAGAUUAUUGUAGACCAAUUUAAAAAUAAAAGAAGGGAACCCUAAUAACGUGUUCAUUCGAAACGACAUAUCUCAGCUAGCUGAUAUCUAUAUUGACAGCUGAGAUAUAUUGUCCUGAAUGAACACAGUUACAGAACCUGGUUGAAAAAUAUAGUUUGCGGACAUUUUGCAACCAGAUACUGUUCGCUGGAAAUCCAAUUGCGGAACGUCUUUCGUUUUUUUUGCAGUGUAACUGGCGAGAAGGACGUGUGGAUGUGGGCACAAGACUGGACGCUCAGUGGCAAAAAAGCGUGUCUCGAGUGGUUCGGCAAGCUGUUCAAAGCGCGAAGCUUCAUCAAUCUGCCCCUGGAGGAGGUGGACAGCCACCACAUUGCACUCAAAUCCCAACUGAUUCCGGCGAUCUUCGGAUUCGUCUACGGACCGUAUCCACUGUUCAAAACACGGGCCAAGGGAUGGGGCUACCUCGUUCCGGACUGGAAAGCGGUCGAGAAGAAGUUGGCAGAUGAGAGUGUCCAUUUCAUCGAAGCCGCCGUGGAUCUGAAGGCGGAGGCGGCAAAGAAGAAGUUUCCACUUCGAGACUUUUACGAAAAGGUGCAGGAGAAUGUGUAUUUGUUUGGAGAGCUGCCCAUCUCGCCGGACAAGAAGGGAUUUCAGUUGGACGAGGAGGGACUCGUCCGUUUUUAUCAAUUGGACCAUCCGUCGGGCGAGGGAAACGUCGGCGAUCCGCUCACGAAGCACUUUGCCAAGGAUCUCGAGCAGCACGUGCUCAGACCGACGAGGUACUCCUCAGAUUUCUAGAACAGUAACAUCCGCCAGCUUUAACUUUUUCUAUCGACGUCUUUUAGAAUUUUAUCCUUAAAAGAAGAUGACUGCGCUCAGCCGCACAAGUCGUGGCCUUUUUUGUGGCGAACUUGUAAAAAUUUCUGGUUGAAUUACUGUAAGGAGAAAAUCAAUACUCUGGCGUAUUGUUUCGAAACUUUUAUUAACAAUGAAAUUAAUUUCAGGUACGAAGAGCAUUUUGAAGUCGUCCUCGAUUCAAUUCAAACCACGCAAUUCUGGACAAGUUACAGCGAACGAUACCGGGCGGAGGUCACGAUUUGGGAUCCGUCGAAGACGUGGAAGGUCGGAGAUGGCCAAGAGAUGAUGGGCGGCGCGAUCGCGGCGGCUGUAGUCCCCGCGGGAACAGUAUCCCGGCGAAGUGUGCACAAAUUGUGGGUGACUCUGACGAAUCAGUCGACGGGCCACGUCAUCGGAACGGGCAUCAAGGCGAUGGUGCAAGCACCGGAGGGCUAUCGAUUGGUGGGCGCCGACGUGGAUUCGCAGGAGCAGUGGCUCGCCGCGUUGUACGGAGACGCGAGUGCAGAGCGACGGCUUCCGAUCGCCCAGCGCGUUGCCGGCAAGACGGCCUUCUCGAACAUGAUGCUCGCCGGCUCAAAGUCCGACAAUACCGACCUGCAUUCGGUGGUCGCGCACCAACUCAAAAUCAGCCGAAAUCACGCGAAAACGCUCAACUACGCGCGGCUCUACGGCUCCGGAGAGACGCACGCGGGCAAGCAUCUGAUGCGCAUCGGCGGAAUGAAACAGGCCGAAGCGGCAGCCACCGCGUCCCAGCUGUUCCGGCUGACGAAGGGAGAAGUGGCGUCGUACGUGCAGCUGGAUCCAAAGUUCAAUUGUUUCGUGGAUCGGUUUGUGGAGGAGACGGGCGUCGAUCCGGACGCCACGAAGAUUCUGACCAUCGACGGAGUCUACUACUUUCCCAGUUAUAGCAGCCAGUUCUCCGCGCAGACAUUGCAAUUCGAGAAAUGGCUUCUCGAGUAUUACGAUGAUCUUCUCGGUGCUGCCAGGCAAUCCGAAAAACUGUUCUAUUCCCUGUACGAGAAUCCGGAAAAACCGCGCAAACUGUUCGUGGGCGGCUACGAAUCGUCGACGUUCAACUUUCUGGAAAUUUCGGCGUCGGCGCCGCAUCUGCGCACUCCGAUCCUCGGCUGUCAGAUUGCCGAUUCGUUGGGACGGCUUCCGAAGGGAACGCCCGACGCGCAGUACUUUGAUCGAAAGUACAAACGAUCCGUCAUGAAUUGGGUAGUUUCUAGUUUCUAGAACUUUAAACAUUUCAUUUUUCAUUCAGAUCGUACAAUCCUCCGCCGUCGACUUCCUGCACUUGCUUCUGGUCUCGAUGCAAUGGCUCUGCGAGACGUAUCAAAUCGACGCCCGCUUCGUGAUCUCCAUCCAUGACGAAGUGCGUUACAUGUGCCGCGAACAAGAUGCUCCGCGCCUUGCCCUCGCCCUCCAGCUCUCCAAUCUCCUCGUCCGCGCCUGCAUUUCGCAAAGAGUCGGCAUUUGUCAAUUGCCCAAUGUAAGUGAAAUCGGGCUGGCCCGGGCUUUUCGGACUUCUGAAACACUUGCGAUAUUCCAAUCGGACCCAAACUUUGGAAUAUUGCCAGUGGAUCAAAAGUCCAGGCCAAGGCCAGCCCUUAGAGAAGUACAAAAGAACGCACUUGCAGACGGUGGCCUUCUUCUCACAGGUGGACUGUGAUACGGUACUGCGGAAGGAGGUCGACACUGUGAGCAUCAAUCCGGACGGCACGCGAAUCGCCGACGGCACCGCCUGGACCAUUGAGGAUCUUUUGAAAUUGACCAACGGGAAACUCUAA